AUGAUUUAUGUCAAUAUUGUAACUCUCAAUAUGUUCUACAAGCCUUUGAAGGAUCUCAUGUUUCUCGUAAACUCCUGUAUUGUUUUCACAAUUUCAACAACACUGAUUCUGAUAUCCAUGACCCUUAAUUGGGUUAACCAGUAUAUUAUAAAAAGGAUACUGCUAAUACUGAAGAUCUUUAUAGGUAUACCGAUUUCCAUAUUUUCAAGAAAUUGCAUUAAUUUUAUGACUUUGCCAAUUAAUAUCCCAAUCAAGAUAGUUACUGGAUCAUCGAUACAAGAACUACUACUGCAAACUCAUCCUAGAGCCCUUUGGUAUAUACUGAUAACAAUAUGGCAAUACACAUGUGUUGUAUUUUGUUUCGGAUUACUCCUUGGUAUAAUGUUUGGAUGCGCUCUAGCAGUAAUUCAUUCAUUGAUUAAAAUUCCUGAUGUAUUUAUCGACCUAUCACAAUUAUACGUAAUUUUUAAAGAAAAAUUAUUAAAUGCAUUACCAACAGUUCCCCUACCUCUAUUUGAAAAUAGUUCAGGAGAAACAAAGGAAGAUUAUUCAAAAGUGGCAUCUACUUCUACAGUUGCAAGUUCGGUUGAUGGAGAGGAUCAAAAGCCAAUCGAUUCAUUAAUUAGCAAGGCUCCUUCAGAACCUUCUAUGCAAAGUCCGUCGAGCUCACCAUCAAAAGUUGCAUCAACCGGCGAAAUAGAUAUAUCUGAUUUAACAUCACCAACAGGAAAUGUUUUCGAAGUAGCAUCAAAAUUACCUAGUAAUUUCUUUCAAGAGGGAAAAUCUCAGGUGGAUGAAACAAUUAAACAAAUGGCAAUGGAGGAAGAGGCAUCUCAAGACUAUCAUAUAAUUUCUUACAUGACUCCACCAAUGUCUCCAAGAAAUGAAUAUACAAACAACGAUAGUUAUAAUAGUCAGCCAGCUUCUUCAAAUCUCUCCUCUUCUUCUAGUAUUCUUGAUCAGAACAUAAUUUCCUCGACGAUUCGAACAUCUCGCGAAGCACCGACUGGAAAAGAAAUACGGAGAGAAAACUAUAGAAGUAUUAAUAUGCUUUCUGAGGAAGGCUUAUUCAAAGACAACAAUUAA